AUGUUGAAGUCAAAAAUAUCAUUUAUUUCAAGAUGUACCUAUAAAAUAAUAGAAGCCCAAAAAUUUGAGGCCCAAUAUCUAACGAAAAUAAAACCAUCAAACCAAAAUAUAAAUCCUAGGAAAUCAAAAUUUUUGAAAUUUUUUAAAGACCAGCCCAAAAUUACAAAUAAUACAAAUAAAACAAAAACAAAAGCAAAAGCAAAUGCAAAAGCAACACCAUCAGAAACUACAGAAGCAACAACAAAAGAAAAAAAUAAAGUUAUGACAUUUCUUGGUAAACCAUUUGAAUUCAACAGAUCUAGAUAUAUUGAAAUAUCUAAAGAAAAUCAAAUUCAAUUAUUUUUUAGAGCAUUAAAACAUUGUGGUGGUUCAUCGAUUUCAGAUAUUUAUAAAAUUUCCUAUAGAGAAUUUACAAAUUCACCAGAAGGUCAAUCUAUAUUUUAUUUUUUUGGUGGAUCAAUGGUUAGAAUGUGUUAUACAUUAUUUCCAGAUUUCGAAUGGGCACCAUGGUUAUUUAAAAAGAAUAGUGAUUUAUCAAAAAUGAGAAGAGAAAAAGAUUAUGAUUAUAGUAGAGAAAUUAAAUGGUUCGCUGCAAAACACAAUAUCAAAGAUUCAAAUUUAGAUGACUGGUAUAAAAUGAAAUUAACCGACCUUUUAAAGGAAUGCAAGAUACGAAAUCUCUUUAGUAUUGGUUUGGUAGAUUUCAUUCGAAAAGCGUACCCACAUCAUAAAUUUUAUUUAUUUAAAUUCCAUAAAAUUAUAUUGUGGUGGAAGUAUCCAGACGGACUUGACGAUUUCCGUCAAUAUUUACUCAAAGAAACACAAUUCACUUCAAUGGAACAAUUUUAUUUAUUGUCAAAAACAAAAUUCACUUCUUUGGGAGGUACCUCGCUUCUUUUAUACUACAAAUAUGAUUUACACCAAAUCUAUAGCAUAUUAUUUCCAGAUUAUCCUUGGAAUAAAGAAUUACUAACACCAGAGGCCUUUCAACAACUUACAAAUCCAAAGUUUGAAAAAAUAGAACCAAUUUCCAAAAAUUUCGAUUUUCCAAAAUUUAAAAAGAAAAAAUCAAAAUUUAAAUAUGAAACUUUUGCUCCGACUCAAAUAGAAACUCAACAAGAAUUACUCAAUAAAAUUAAUGAAAAUCUUAAAUAA